AUGCUAACAAACCUCUUCCUCUUCAAGAAAGCCAAACCAAAAAGAAGAAGACAUAAAGGAAACAGAAGAGCUUCCGUUACGGAUGUAGAAGAUUUGGACGUUUCAGAUGAUGAUUCUAGAUUUGCUUUUUACGUUAAACCUAAGAGAAAGUCGCAAUCUGAAAUUGCCAUAAAGCAGCAUGUGUCACCAUAUGAGUCGGAUAACGAAGAUAAUUUUCGUAUACCUUUCCCUAUAUGUAAAAAAGUUGCCUGGAAGAAGCAGAAUAUCUUUAACAUACCGGAAUUCGAUACCAACUUUCCUAGUGACAUUGAAGAUUUCGAUGAUAUAUCUGAAAAUCUACGAAAUGGCAAAGCGCAAUGUUUCAAAAGUGACGCUAUCUUCAACAAUGCUGAUACUGACAGUGACAUCUGUCAAACUGAAACUAGCGAUAAAGAAAACGAGGAUGAAGAAGAAGAUAUCGUACAUUACGAUAUUAAAUUUAAGACCACUCUAACUGUCGAAACAAAAAUUAAAUCUAAAUCAAACUUGCUAUUACAAGUAGUUAAAGAUGAAGAAUCCGAUUACAGAAUGCGAGAAUGUAGAUGGCUCAGAUUAAGAAAAGAUAUUGGAAAUGAUACCGAUGACAGCAAUAAUACACAGAAAAUAGAAUUGCCUCCACCAGUAAGAAAUUUGAUUAUCCUUAAGGAUAAUGAAACAUUUCCAACUAUCCAAAUUCUUCCUUUAACUGACGAAUCACUAAUUCAAUCAUCCGAAGAAUCCAUGAAUAUUGAAACUGAUAAGGAAAGUGUUUCUGAAGGGAGCGAGGCUGUAGACGGCAUAAUGCCAAUUUCGAUAUCAAACUUUAACCUCCUAGACUGCGGAAUUAUAAAUGAGAGCGAACAAGUACAAAAGCAAUCUAAGAAACUUCAAGUUUCAAUAAAAGAUCACGAGAAUGACUUAACAGAUACAGAAGAACUCGUAAUGAGUGAACGUAGAUGUAGACCACCAAAAUUCAAGUAA